AUUAAUUUAGUUCUUUUUAUUUAUCGUUCUAAUUUUAUAGUUUAAUUAAUUUCUUUUAAACAUUUGUGUCAUUUGUGUUCACCCAUAGAAGUUUAAAUAAUCUCUCGUAUUGUUUCAGUUAACAUUUUCUCUUCUCUUUUUUCCUUCUUCUUUUUUUCUUCUUUUUGGUUGUUGAGGAUUUCCAAUCAAUGUUGGGCUGAUGAUUGUUUCUUUUUGCUUCUUCUCUCCCUUUUUUUGCCAUCUUGUUUUCUCAGGAUAAGAAGAGAUUGAAAAUUUGAAAAUUCUUUUUGUUUUCUCUUCCCCACCAACAACACCCAAAUUAACACCAAAAAUUUGACCCUUUAUUUAGAUAAUGCGGCGUAAAGGAACCUUUAAAUGGAGUUUUGCGAAAAAAAUUCCUAGUCCAGUUGCACCAGUAGAAUUUGAUGUUGCUGGUUCUCAGGCAACUAUUCAAAGACGAUCAAACAAUUUAAAGACCAGUUUUCAUCGACACAGUUUAUCUUCAACCAACAGUGAGGAAGAAUCAAUCAUUCUAAAUGUACUGCCAACAAAUGAUAUCUCACUUGAAACCUGGUUAACAACUUUACAAUUUGAACAAUAUAUACCUUUAUUUACCAACGCGGGUUAUGAUAUGCCAACAGUAUCACGAAUGACACCAGCCGAUUUAUCCGCAAUUGGAAUCACCAAACCUUUACACCGUCAAAUAAUUAAAGCGAGUAUUGCCAAGUUAAAUAUACCCGAUGGAUUACCAAGUUAUGUACCUAAAUCACUUUUGGAAUGGUUAAAGUUAAUCCAUCUUGAGGAAUAUUUUGAAAUUCUAUGUCAACAGGGUUACGAUUCAGUUGAUCGAGCUAUUGAAUUAACUUGGGAAGACUAUGAGGAAAUUGGUAUUAAAAAGCUUGGACAUCAAAAGAAAUUAAGUUUAGCCAUUAAACGAAUUCAAGAUUUAAAUAAUGGUGUCCGUCGAUCAACAUCAAACAUUUUAACCUCAGUUCCAUCCUCAUCAUCACUUUGCUCGGAAAGUAUAUCACUUUAUCCUGAUACUUUAUCUUUACCCUUAAUGGAUUGUCCACCAAUUAGCCAGAAAGUAGCAAUUAAAACCUCAAUUGGUUUCAAGAUAACAUCAACUGUCGGCAGUUCAUCAACACCCGAAUUGACAACCUUUCAAAAACCAUUGGACAAUAAUACAAUGAAGAUCAACAAUCAUAUCAAAAAAUAAUCAUAUUUAUAUAUUAUAUAUUUAUAAAUAUAUAUAUUCACAUGCACAAAACACAAUUAAGCAACUAAAUUUAUCUCAGCUCAUCUAAUUAUCUCCUUCACCCACUUUUUUUUUCCUGAUGAAAAUCAAUAUAUCACAAUUAUCUUCCGUCUUCUCUGUGUCUCUCUCAUCAAGGUUGUGGUUGGUUUGAUUAUAAUCAACAAAUUGUCUCGCUUGCCUUUUGUUAACUUGUCAUAUCUCCUAAUCAGAAAUCAUAAUCAAUUGUCAAUCAUCAUUUAAUUAUAAAUAAUCAUCUUCACCGUCGCCGUCACCAUCACCAAGUGGACUUUUGUAAACCUGUUGGGAACCAAUAAUAAAGACAAACAAAAAGAUCAAUAUAUUACAUAUAUAUAUACAUACAUAAAUACAUAUAAAUGAUUAAGAUAAAUUUUUCGUCAACAAUCAGUCCAGUUAAUUGUAAAUUUAACAAAAAGUAAAACAAAAAAUUGAAAAAUUAAUUAAUUUUUUGGCAAGAAAGUACUAAGCGACACCUAUUGGAAAAUUUAUUAACUGAAAACCGAAAAAGUCAAUCAAAUCAAUCAAAUAAAUUUUAAUAUUCAAUUUAAU